GCUUGCAAGGAAACUAAGGAAACUGUAUCUAAUUUAUCUCGCACAACUGAUCUUAAAGCUUUUUUCCAGGCACUUGAGGCAUUGAACGUUCGACUUAUGUUGUGCCUAAAGUUAUCUGGCGAAAGAGCUAAUCUCUUAGAAAAGGGCUCUUACCGCUCCGCUUUUGAAUCCGCCAUUUCGGAACUAAAAAAGAAUAGCAUCGGCUUGGUGCAAACUGUAAAGACCUACGCAGAUCAGUUUGAUAAUCCCGCCGGAACGGUGAUGCGCGAUUUUUACAUUCAAGAAAUACAGUUAGCCUGCGAGGAGAUCAGUCGUUUAGUUAAUCUCCGAAUUAUUUUGGAUGACUCAUUGUUUCCGCCUGGCGACCUUUCCUUGUCUCUCGCAUGUGUAAAAGAAGCUCUGCAAGCUGGAAAAAUGGGCGCUUAUGUGGACGAAGAAAUUAAAAAGCAACUUUCUUCUAACUUUGAUAAGUUAAUUGAAGAAGGGCAGCGUAUUCUGGAAAAUUGUGAUAAUCUAGAAUCUCUUGAGAAAACACAAAAGUUAAUAUCGGAAAGCAAAAAGGAAGUAAAAAAGGUAGAAGAAUUGGCUUGUAAAUUACAAGAGAAUCCUGAAGAUAAAACCGCUGAACUUGCCUACGGAGUCGCUUGUGAAGAGUUGUUGGAAAACAUUUUUCGUUUGGACGAAGAUUACAAAAAUACCUUAACUUCUCAGCGGGAAAGAUAUGCGCUCAGCCUUUCAGAGUCGAGCCACUUAAUUAUGGAUGCAGCAGCGGCGGGCGAUUCUAAGGGUGUGGAAACUAUUGCUACGCAGUUUUACAAAGAUGCUGAAGUUCUUGAUAAAGUCGCCAAGACAGUCGCGUCCGUAACUGAGGACGGCCUUAAAAGCGCUGCUGUCCUGCAGGCGGCGGCCAAUCUAUCCAAGUACCACCCCGUCUUUUUAGCGGCGUACAAACUGUGCCCUCGGACGGGGAAUGCUGCAGAUCUCCAACGAGCCGCCCAGACGCAAGAGGAGUGGCUGCACCGCUACGAUGAGUUGCUGAUAGCCAUGGACAGGGCUACUCCGACCUUCGCAGGAUCAAUAGCGGUAGCUGAGGAAUUGUUUUACAAGGCGGCAGAUCAGACCCAAGCGGCUUGUGAAAAAGGAGACCAGCAAGGCUUUCUGCGGGCCAAACAGAAAGUCCAGUUCAUUGAGGGGCGCCUGCAGUCUCUACUCGAAAGAGAACUGACAGCCAGCGGGGGGCUGGAGACGAAAACCGGAAGUUCAGAAAGUGAUCUUAAGAAAGCGCUCGACCAGGUGGCCGCCAUUUCCCUGAGUUCGAUGGACAAUUUUAUAGCAGUCUAUUCGGGCAUAAAAGUGGAGGGUCUUCUAAGACCCGCAAAGGCCGUCAUCCGUUUGAAGGACGCGGGUGAGGCAAAAAAGAUGGAAGCACCCUCUGAAGGCGGGGAUCAGCAGACGAGAAUUGUGCGGGAAGACAAAGUGAUUAUCUUCGAGCAGAUGAAGCGUCUUCGCACGGCUGAUAACAUAAUCGGAAAGGCUGCUCAGGGCCUUCACCAGGCGGUUUCCCGCUGGGACGACCACGAGAACGAUCUGAUAAGUACCAUGAAGAAAAUUUCAGAAAACUUUGCGCGCCUGUCGAUCCUGAAGGAUGAGGUCCUUAAGAAGACCGAGUUAAUCGAAGUUUCCCGAUUCAUAGUGGAGGACGCACGAAAGGCCGCCUCAAUGGCUUCAGAACUCGCUAAGCACUGCGUAGAUAAGCGCCUGGCGCAGGAUCUUCAGACUAGGGUUAUCCAGGCGGACACCCUCUCCACGCAGCUGAAGAUCCUCUCCACCGUAAAGGCAUCGAUACCGGAUGACCAGCAGGCGGAUCAGCAGCUCUCUGUUAGCGCCCAGAACCUCAUGAACGUGUGCAAGGGGCUGCUCAGCGAAGCGCACAGCUGCGCUAUCAAAUGCCCACAGAGCAGCGCCCUCAUACAGAAAUGGCGCACUGUGGAGUACAAAUUUCAGUAGUUUGAUUUUUUAUAAGACUCUGCGGUCAAUAAAUGUCCCCUGCGCU